AUGCCGGGAGCUGGAACCGGCACCAGGGGAUGUCUAUUACAAUCCUCUUGCGAUGCUACCGCCUCACUUUCGUCAUUUCAAAUUUGGCUCGUGGUUCGCUUUCAUGCUCCCAACUUUCUCCGGCCUCUCGUUCGUGCUUCUCACGUUCCUUCCCUUUUCGUCGCUCAUAUUCAACUCAUGACCCGUCAACAACUCGACCCGCCACAUCUGUGUAGGGACCCUCGCUUUGCCAAAUGGGAACUGAGAUAAUGCUCCCGCAAUAAGGGACGCAUGUACCCAGGCCACGAUUCUAGAUGUGCAUCCUUUGGCGACAGAAGGAAGCAUUGAAGACGCACCGAACACUAAGUGGCUUCUGUAUCGAAGCGAGCAGCUUGGUCCACAAUGUUCCAGUAUGGGACAUGCUCAGGUUUGUGUUCCUAGAAGCUGGCCGUCCGCACCUCUCCCGACGACUUUGUUAACGGCCCCAACCUCAUCUCGCCCAGCACGGAGAGCGAGUCGCUCCGCCUCUUCGCGCAGAAGGACGCCGACGUCUGCCUCGUGCUGUACCGCGACCAUGCCCGUUGGUGCCCUACUGCCACAAGGUCCAGCUCCUGUUCGAAGCAAUGAAGGUCUCUUACAUGGUCAAGAAGAUCAACAUGAGCUGCUACGGCUCCAAGCCUUCCGUGUUUCUCAACCUUGCCCCGACCGGCCUGCUCCCGGCCAUCCAGCAUGACGGCAAGCUCAUUACCGUGUGAUGUCCGGUUCGGUCAGGGCUCGCAUGACCUGCAUCGUUCUGUGCACCGCGCAGGUGAAGUACCCUCGAAAAUAUUGACCCGCAAUAGAACCUGGCCUAACUGCACAUCGACAAACCGUGCUGUCCCCUUCUGGAUCCGCAUUCAAUGCGACUCCCUCGAGCAUUCCGAGGCACCGCAGGUUGUUGAGAAAGCAGUCAUUGAACACAAAGGGAAACCGAGUCCCAAGCAUGAGAAGCUUGCCGACAGUGCCAAUGAACGUAAAGUUGUUAAAACGGUUCACAACCCCUGGUUUGCGACUCGCCGCCAGCACCUCAUUUGACGGCUCAAAAGCCUCACGGAGCGCUUCUGACAGCACCGGCAAGUCCACCUCGAUGUCGUCCGAGUGCAUCAGCGCUAAACCCACAAAGCUCUCGGCGAGCCUCGCGUACUCCCCGUGGAUCAGGUGCAUCAACGCACACACCAGCGACUCGUGCACAGAUGUCGGCAUCUCGGAAACCAAUCCAAAAUCGAUCUAUUCAAGAUACCCAGAUUUCGUUCGCAGCACUUCCAAUGGGAAAAGAAACGCAACACCACAGUCAUUUUGCGAAUUACGACAACAACAAAAAUUAGUCUUUGAAAGAGAGGUUCGAGAAGUCACGUGAUAUGGUUUGCGCCCGCAAAACGUAGCAACGGGAAGCGACGGACGGGGGGGAAUGAAAAACGGAGAAACCCCGGCUGAUUGGGUCGACGUACUGUUUCCGUCGUGGCAUAUCUAUUGAGACGGGGGCAUCAGAAGAAGAAAAACAUAGGACCAGGCGUUGUCAGUAAACAAUUCAAUCCCAAGGCAGCGGUGCUCCCUUCACCCAGCGCGAACGCAGGCGGCGACAAAGGAAGGCGACGUACCAGCGUAUAAAAAUCCAUUAUCCAAAAGCUGGGUGAGCGCGAAGCAGAUGCCGGUCUCGACGAUAGGCAGAUCCUCAGGUCUAACGCGUGCCUGGUCAUCAAUAAGCUUGACGCCGUCGACCCACUCCGACACGAGGACCAUCCUCGCGCAGUACUUGGGAAACGACUUGGGUAAAUAGAUACCCACGACAUCACCAUACAGGCGGCGGAACUUGUCCAUAUUUCUAAGCUCGUUGCGAUAAAGCAGCUACCCAUGUACACUUCGUGUCCAAGAACUUUGGCUUGCCCCACAGCUGCAUGUGUGUUUUAAACACGAGACCGAGGCCACAUAUAAAUGGAUGAAAGAUAAACGGGCAGGCACCCCUAGCCGAAAAGAGUUCAAUUGGCAGGUAGGUUAGUAGCUACAGAUGAGGAUUGCGACGAAAGUUGGAUUGUCGGUAAGGAAGGCCGAAGUUCGAUCAAAAUGUAAAUAGCGGUUAUCGUUA